AUGAUUUUUACUCCAAUUUAUAUAGCGAUGACUUUCAUCAAAACUUGGCGCAUUCGUUCGUUCAGAUCUCGAUUAUUGGAGUUCUUGAGUGGUAACACAAGUGUGGCCUUCUGUAAAGUUCCCGAAAACGCUCCAGAGACCCCGACACUCAGUUCAAAAUUAUGUACUAACCCAAAGAAUGCGUAUCUAUGUGAUCUCCUUGAUUAUACUAACGCAUCACGGAUAUGCAGCAUGAAGCCUACACAAUGCAUUGAUAUAAACGACUGGGUAGCAUGUACUGGGGGAUUGCCUUUAGGAAACGAGUACAAUCUACCCGUCGAUGAUUUUAAUGUUGAGGUGCUUUUUGAAUGCGAGAUGGAUCCGCAUGGGGAUAGCUCAUAUCAAAAUAUAAUAACUUUGGAAUCGAUGGGUCAACCUAUCGCUUGGAAGGCCGGUUCACAUUUAGCUAUAGUAUUAAAAACGAAUAUUGAGCAUCUGAGUCUGGUUGGCUUCCAUUUUGUUGGUGGGGAAUUCAUUAUUGAUCACAAGUUGCCCGUUGUUAGGAUACAAACCGUAAAACUUUCUGGCGAACCCAAUAAAGCUGUCGAUUUAUCAAUGCGGGGACUGCGUAGUGAACUUCAGCAUAGUUUGAAAUUAUCCCACGAGGAAUUCCAAUGGCCUCUCCACGCGGCUCUCUUACGAAAACUGUCAAAGGUCGUUGAUAUUAAAUCAGAAAGACGGAGCAUAGAAAUGAAUGGAGGCAGUAAUAAAGUUAUAGAUACGUCACCAAGAAAGAAAGUCACACUACACGACGUCAGUACAAUCACAACUAAAUCACUGGGAGAGGAGGAAAAGCCUGAAGUAACCAAAGAAUUGAGUGUAAUUGAAGUGAAACCUGAGAAAACUGAAAUACUCGUUGAGAAAAUAGUGAAGGAAAUAGUCCACAAAUCACCAGAAAGAAAAAUAAGGAGGUCCCCAGAAAAAAUCAUAAACAAAUCACCGGAAAAGAAUCUAGUUGUGCCAGAAAACGGCGAACUAGUUGUAGAAAACGUGACCGUAGAAAUACAACACAACAUAACACCAAAGAAAUCUAGUCUCAAAUUGGAUCUCAAAAAGGGCACGAGCCAAGCUUCGUCAUCGCUACUCAAUAUCUCGAGUCAAAUUAAAUCUAUAACGACUCACAAAAGAGUAGUUAGCACGACCGCGCCAAAACGCCCACAGAGUUCAGCUUCGAAUUAUUCAAACAUUAAAGAGGAUACACCAAAGAGUUCGCCAUCGCAAAUGACGCCCAAGUCAGCCAAAAGUUCCCGUCCAUUAGUGAAUACUAAGUCCUUGAACGUUUUAAUAUAUUCAGAUAGUGUAGUGGCUAGGGAUAAUCUGGAAUCGUCAUUGAGGAAAGUUCUAGACUGUGAUCGGUACACAGUAUACAGCGUGUCAGCGGCUUCUCUACUCGGAGGCGCGUGGCGUGGCCGGGCGGCGUUAGUGGCUGUUGCAGGUUGCGCUGGGAGAGCGGCGCCUUUACUUCUGGCACAUCUUUUAGAUGGAGGAAGACUUCUGGCUCUGUGUUCCGACCUGCUACACACUGUACUACCACACUAUAAAACCGCUGAGAUAAGGGAAAACGAAGUGGUUCAAUUCUCAUAUGACAAAUGGGAAUCAGUUAAAAUGAAACACCACAUAUUCUGCUACCAGGCGUCGCCUGCAAAGAAGCAAUUCUCAACAGAGAGUGACAGACAGCCAUCUAAAUACACGGGACACCCAGGUCAUGAAUUGGAUAUCCAGGUGUUAGCUUCUGAAGAGACCUGGAGGACGCCAUCACUACUGCAAGCUACAGACACAACUAAUAAAGGAAUGGCUAUUUUCUCGCAGAUCCACUUAGAGGCUGAUCCAUGUGACUAUCUCGGUGAAGAAGGUGUGAGGAGCAAUGAGGCUAGAAUUGAAAUACUCCACAAAAUACUAGGAGAUGUUCUGGGACUACACGUUAAAGAUCCUAAAGAACUCACCAACAUCGAAUACACCAGAGGAUACUUUCUAGGAAACCACCUGCAAAAGAUGUCGUUAGUUGAGGCGUGGUGUGAGGGUGUUGAGGGUGCGUCGAGGGUGCAGGAUGUGGGGGGUGUGAGGGUGCAGUGGUGCGGGAGGGGGGAGGAGGGUGUUCCGCCCGGGGAGGCCAGUCUGCCGGUGUCAUUGUAUGAAUGUCCGGAGAACUUCGAUACUGUUGAAUAUUUUGAUAAUCUCACCUCAAAAUCACUCGGUCGUCUGUUGAUCUACGCGGAUGUAUUAUCCAGUACUCACUUCAUCAGCGGGUGUUCGUUGUCUCACGGUGUGGGCGCGACAACAAGGAGACAGGUCAAAGGUCGCGGGAGAGGAGGGAACACGUGGAUCACACCGAACGGACAGGCAGCCAUCUCUGUACAGGUAUGGCAGAAGAUAUCGCCUCUACUGCCAUUAUACCAGCACGCGGCCGCGCUUGCCGCCACGAGGGCUGUACGACUGCUACACGGAUACGAUCAGAUAGACAUACGUAUAAAAUGGCCGAACGACAUCUUCUACGGGAGGGAGAUGAAGAUCGGCGGGACCAUCACUACGGCGAACUGUAUGGGUGAUGACGUCAUCAUCGGCAUCGGUACGGGUAUAAACAUCUCUAACAAGGUGCCAACCACCUGUCUCGAUGAUAUAAUAACGGAUUACAACAAGACGCACGGCACAUCACUAGCGCUGAUAUCGAUAGAAAAGUUCCUCGCAAGAUACUGUUCAGAAUUGGAGACUAUACUGGAUGAUCUGGAAAAAAACGGCGUGGAGGGAUUCCUUGAAGAUUACUAUAAAUAUUGGAUGCAUUCAGGUGAUGAGAUCACAAUAUCUAAUGCUAGCGGCUCUCUAGUACCUGGGGUUAUUAAAGGCGUUGAUGAUGCUGGCUGGCUUUUAGUAGAAACGACAAGCGAAGACGGGGGGCAGAGUGAUGUAGUACGAGUGGCGCCCGACGGAAACACUUUCGACAUAAUGGCCGGGCUUAUUGCACCUAAGUGA